AUGAAGAGUUAUUCCUUCGCCUUUCUCACGAGGUAGGCUGCACUUUACUUCAGCAAAAUGUAGUUUUAUGUCUGUACCUUUACAAAAUCUCGUUUUGUACUUCGGAUUUUUCUCAAAGGUAACAAAAAGAUGAUAGUCGUUUGAGGUCAAUAGACCACGCCGUUUGCGGAUUGCAUUUUACCAUUUUUGCGAUUUGAAGAUUUUGCAUGCUCUAGGCAUGUUUGUGUUGGGAACUUGGGAGCUUUCGUCAAGCGUAGAAUAUUAGUAUUCGUUUGUGAAGCCGUUUAGGGUUGUUUCAAGCUUCAAUUUAAGUUUUUGAUUGGGUUCCACAGGCUUUUAUUUAGCAUUACUUUGCAAGCGGUGAUGGUGAAAUUAUAAUAUCAAUUCACUACAUAUAUAUGUAGUGCUUGGUCUUUUAUUUGUGGGCAAAAAAACUGAAUUGAGAGAUCUGGCUCAAUUUGAUUGCCUGUUAAUAAGCCCGGCACACGCUUGAGCAAAAUUUUGCUUGUAUAGUUAGAAGCAAAAUUCCCCCAGUGCACGAUGGCUGGCGUUUUGAGAAUUUUUUUACACAUGUCAUCGCACCCAACGUGCAACAUUUUGAAUAAUUUUUGGCAUGAAUGAUGAUUUCUUCCAAGCGCGCAUGCAGGAAAAGCAGUCGGCUUACAGUGUUUGGCCUAAAAAAACCCUGUUGUUCCGGUUCCAGACCGACCCUAUUUUUUCUGCCGACCCUAUUAUUUUUUCAAUGCAAUUGACCGUGUGACUCUUAAUUUUCUCCAGGUGGUUGCGGGCUGCUCGUACAGCGUGCCAAAAUGGUGUCUGUUGUCACACUAAUUAUUGAACCAAAUUGCUAAAAUUCGUCCAUAGGAAAUACACAUCUCUAGUUAAUAUUGAUGUCGGGACUCAACUGCAAAUCACCCAGCAAAAAAAUGCCAAAACCAUGAAAAAAAUAUUCAAAAAAAAUUUAUUUCCGACCUAGGCGUAAAAAAAAAUUACCUGUGGUUCCGGUUCUCGACCGACCCUAUUUUUUUUCUGCCGACCCUAUUAUUUUUUCAACGCGAUUGACCGUGCGACCCUAUUUUCUCCAGGUGGUUGCGGGCUGCUCAUACAGCGUGCCAAAAUGGCAUCUGUUGUCACAAUAAUUAUUGAACCAAAUUGCCUAAAUUCGUCCAUAGGGAAUACGCAUCUCUAGUUAACAUUGAUGUCGGGACUCUACUGCAAAUCGCCAAGCAAAAAAAACGGCAAAACCAUGAAAAAAAAUAUUCAAAAAAAAAUUUAUUUCCGACCUACCGACCCUAAUUUUUUCACGAUAUGAAACUGGAACCACAGGUAUUUUUUUAAGGCCUUAUGCAAUUAAAUCUCCGGCAUGAAUCGGACAUGCAAUUCUGAUGCAAAUCUGAACUUCUGAUGCAAUGCUGACCCUGUAGAUUUUAUUUUUGUGGAGGUAGCCAAUCUUCAAAUGGAGCUAGGCUAAUGCCACAUUCUUGUACCCAGAGCCUGUCUUACACACACACUGUCAACAGAGCAUGGCAAGGGUUGAGGGGAAUGAGAAUGGGUCUGAACGAGAACAAAAUGGGUUGUUCCAGAAAAGAUCCACACUCCCCCCACGGAGGAAAUUUCUGCCGUCCGGAGGGGGAGGGGAGAAAAAAUUGUUUCUGAUAAUACUAAAUGUAUUAGGACAUCUGUGGGGGGUAGGGGGGUUAAUUUCCAAUUUCCUCCGUGGGGGUGGUAUGGAUGUUUUCUGGAAUGACCCAAUGCCAAGUGCGCCAGUAGAAAACUAGCUCCUCGUGAUUUUUGGAGUUAGCAUUGCUCCAUAACUUUCCGCUGAAAAGGCUGAGGGUCUGAAAAGGGUCUUCGCUACUACCCACCAUUGAUAUUUUAGCCAGUUCGGUGAAACUUUGAGGUUAGUAAUAUAUUGAUUUUUAUCUAGGAUAUUUGUUUCAAUUGUUUUGCUUGGUAUAUGUUCUGCCAUCUACAUCAACGAAGAAGCGAAUGAUGUCGUCCAAGCAAUACUCAAACAUUUUGAUGAAAACCCACAAGACGCGAGAUUCGAACAAGUCAUCUUCAUCCCUUCGGAUAAAUGUCAUCUAUUUCCAAAG